CUGGGAAAAAGAGCAGGCAGUGCAGGCCUGUGUGAGAGAGCCAGAUUCAUAUCAUCUUCUACGAGGACAAAAACUUCCAGGGUCGCUCAUAUGAGUGCAACUCCGAAUGUCCAGACUUGUCUUCAUACUUUAGACGCUGCAACUCCAUUCGAGUGGAAAGUGGAGACUGGAUUCUCUAUGAACAUCCCAAUUACAGAGGGCAUCAAUACUACCUACGUAGGGGAGAAUAUCCUGAUUUUCAGCAAUGGAUGGGUUUCAAUGACUGCAUUAAAUCCUGCCGCCUGAGCCCACAGCACGAAGGAUCAUUUAGAAUGAAGAUCUAUGAGAGAGAUGAUUUCAGAGGUCAGAUGAUGGAGUUCACUGAAGACUGUCCCAAUGUCUAUGAGAGAUUUAAUUUCCAGGACAUCAACUCCUGCCAAGUCCUGGAUGGCUACUGGAUAUUUUAUGAGGAACCCAACUACAGGGGACGUCAAUACUAUCUGAGGCCUGGAGAGUACAGGAGAUACAAUGAUUGGGGAGCCAUGAACCCCAGGACUGGCUCAUUUAGAAGAAUUUACCAUCACUAUUGAACUGCCUUUAACCUGAAGAUGUGUGAUAAGAUGAAUUAUAAUUAUUAACAUAAUGGCAGUUCUAAACUAUAUAAAAUAAAUAUUCUGGCAAAAAUAAAGUUUAUUAGAACAAUGAUGUGUUGAUUCAAGCAUCAUUAUUAAUGAUUGCAAUAAAAAUGUACAAUGCCUACAAAGCCAUGCAUAGUAUAUAAAUAUCUUAAUUUAAUCAGAAA